AGUAUACUAAUUUCAAUGUAGGACUUUAGGUGAUUGCAAUACGUUUAUUAAAUAUCUGCAACUUAAAAAUUAACUUUUUUUUUAGUUUUUACUCAACUUUGUAAUAAAAUUAUGUUCUCCAAUUGUGUAAAUAAGAUAUAAUGACGUGAAAGUGGUUCAUCUAAAACAGAUUCAUUUUGCUAACACUUUCUCUUUCUUAAUUUCGUUUAUAAAUUUACCUUCCUAUCUUAUCUGAAAACACUUAUCUAGUACUUUAAUAAAUCAGAAACUUUGAAAGACAAUACAAUGGAUACUUUAAGAUUCUAUUUUGUGACCUGGAAUGUGGCAACGAGGAACCCUGGUCAAGAUCUCAAUGCACUUUUGGAUUUUCCAUCACAAUUUAAUAAGAGUAAACCAUUACCAGAUUUCUAUAUAAUUGGCUUACAAGAAGUAAAGUCACAACCACAGAACAUGGUUAUGGACGCUUUGUUUAGUGACCCCUGGUCAUCAACAUUCAAUAGAAUAUUGUGUCGUCAGGGCUUUGUUAUUGCAAAGAGUACAAGACUACAGGGCAUGCUUCUGCUAGUUUACACACAAUUGAAACAUGUCACACACCUCAGGGAUAUCGAAGCACAGUAUACCAAAACUGGUUUAGGAGGAAUGUGGGGAAAUAAAGGCGCCGUUAGUGUUAGAUUCAAUAUAUAUGGAUGUUCAGUAUGUCUGGUGAACUGCCACCUUACAGCCCAUGAACACCUACUAGCGGAUCGUAUCAAUGACUAUAAUACGAUAAUCAAACAACACAUUUAUCACGUCAGCGAAACUACAAAUAUAUUGUAUCAUGACUACGUAUUUUGGAUUGGGGAUCUGAAUUUCCGUACAGACCACCCUGCCGGAAACAGUCCUUCAUCGGAAGACAUCGUAGCGUUACUGAAGAAGGUAGAAAAGGACAAAUAUACGUCAUUAUUGAAACACGACCAGUUGUUGGCUGUUAAGGAUGCAGGGGAUGCGUUUUCAGAAUUCACUGAACCUGAAAUCCAAUUUCCACCUACUUACAAAUUUACGAUUGGCAGUGACGAAUAUGAUUUGAAGAGGAAACCUUCAUGGACGGAUAGGAUAUUAUACAAAGUGAUAGCCAAUAACUAUGAGAAUAUAACACUGAGGGCAGACCUGAUAUCGUACAACCAUAUACCGCAUUAUACUGUAAGCGACCACAAACCAGUGGUAGCGCAAUUUAAUAUUAAGAUUCGUCAAGGCUUCACUUAUUCAGCCCUAACCGAGUCGCCCAGAGCUGCCCGGUCUGCAAUCAGAAUGCGUUCAGCUGCCGUUAUGCCUGCGGCCGACCUAACAGCAAACUCUGCACCUUUCGUCACUGUUAUAGAAACUGAUGGGCCGAUAUAUGAGUCUGAUUUUGCAGCUCAAGACAGAGCAAUGGCUUCCAAGGCUUUCUCAAAUUACACAGAGAAGACUGUGGAAUUCGCGCCUAUCAGUCGAAUUUGGUAUAUAGGUGAUGCUGACUUCAGGACUCAGUGUACGCUCUCACACGACGUAGAGAUCAAUCCUAAUGACUGGAUCGGCAUUUAUGAUGCCGAUUUUCAAAGUCUGGACGAUUACAAAGUGUACGAGUAUUUGGCUAAAGUGAGCCUGCCUCAAGGACCUAUCACUGCCGGUCAACCUCGGACUAUAACACUCAGCUUCCCGGUAGGCAGCGGAGUGCGGACACCUGGUUUUUACCGGUUUAUAUACUUUAGCCAGCCGAACAAUGACGUGAGAAGUGUUUUGGGUGUUUCAGAACCUUUUGAGGUUAGUUCCAAGGAGGACAGGUUAGUAACGAUAGAUCCCUGCGAACCAUCGUCGAGUAGUUCGUCGCCCGGUCGACCCGCGGCCAACACGAGUACUGCAGAUAUAUUUACUGACUUCACCGGUCUAGAUGUAGCCAAGCUGUCGCGCCAUUUCGCAAACGACUUGAGUAUCGACUGACUAAAGACAUACUUGCCUGGCUCACCGUCUAAUGCUAGACGGAAGGACAAUGGUGUUUAACUUGUAUAUAUCAUUAAUUUAUAUUGUAAAAUAAGUCUGUAAUGAACCAAAUUUAAAACAACCAAUCAAUCGGACCAUGGACCAAUCAGUGUGGACCUUGUUGAAGACCUUGGUCUUCGCAGUGAUUUGUUUUUUUAGAUUGUGUUUUUACAGAUUCAGUGUAUUAACCAAAUUCUCUAAUACUGUAAGAUAAAGCUCUUUGUACGUACAUAUAUAUGUAUACAAAAAUUAAGUAUUUAAAGUUGUUGAUUUGCAUAUAUUUGUAAAAUAGUUUACUUAAUUCCUAGUUACUUAAAACAAAAUUCCUGGGAUAGUAGUUCCUCUUUUAGUUUUUUUUUCGUUUUUUUUAGGGAACUGUAAUAAAAACAUAAAUUUCCUACAAAUCUAUUUUAGAGUGUCUAGUCACUCUUUUAAAUUGAGGAAUUAUCACGAAAGGUUAAGGCAAAACACUUCAAUAGUUAAAUUAAGUUAAUAAGAGGUUUUAUGACGUGGUUAUGGUUUUACAGAUACACAAUGUACAAAAGUAGAAAUUUAAUCUUUGUGAUUUAAGCAUGUGAGUACAGAUACGGGAUCCUAAAAUACAAAUCAAUCAUUAGAUUUAAGUUUUAUUAAUUCGAUAAAUAUGCAAUAAUUAUGGCAACAGUUCGUGUUGUAUUUUAUAGUUUUAUAAUCAGUAUGAGUUUUAAAUACACAAUUGGGACUUAACGCGAUGUAAAAGCUUUUACAGGUGAAUAAUACCCACAUAUCUGCUUUUUUAUUGCCGCUGUUUCGACGUAGACGUUUACAUCAGGUUAAGCCUUGAUUGUGUAUUUAAAAUAUGUGUAAACAACGUGAAAGUAUAAAAUUAACAGUAUGAGUCUGUCACAAAAAUAUACAAUAUUAGCAAAGCUAUUAGUGUUAUAGAACAUACUUGCUGUUAAAAUAUUGUCAAGUAACAAGUAUGUAGCGUCAAACGCGUUUAUUCAUCUAACAAUGUACCGUAUGAAUUACACAUAUACACCAAAGGGAGACUUUGUACAAAAGUCGUUUGCUUGGGCACCUCUGUCAGAUUUGUGUUUCAACCGUGAAGCUGUUUUGUUUGCAUGCUUGUGUUUCGGUUUGAAGGGUGGGAUAUGGCAGUAAAUUUACGGGGUAUAGAGGAAUAAAUUGCAUGAAUUAGUUUCACCGAUAAGAGGAAACUCUUAAAUGAAAAGAAAAGAAGAGGAAUAACGCCUGAGUCCGUAGGAAUGGCAACGCAUUAUCAUGGGCGAAACAGUAUACUCUGUAAUGGCCAUGGUACUGCUCAUGUCUAUAGUGCGACGGUUACCACUUUAAAUCAGGUGGGCUGUCAGUUUAUUUGCCGUUCUAAGUUGUAUAAAAAAAUAAAUAUAUAUCCAAAUAGUUGUUACACCCAAGUUGACAGCGAAUACCGUUUAUAUUUAAAUACACCUUAUAACAUUUAGUAAAUUAGAAAUUUAUUUAGAAAUGAAUAUUCUGGUCAUAACAUAAUUGAGUGCUCAUAUAUAAUGUUAUUUUUAUAUCAUAUUUAUAUAAUGAAAAUACAGAUUUACUUAUGUAAUAUAUAUGUACCUUACCUGCUUAUAAUUAUAUUGCAUUAACGUGAAGGAAGCAAGUUGGAUGUACAUACAGGAACGAAUUUUCUAAUGACAUAUCUAAAGUAUUAACUAUUGUAGGAUUCAUAUUACUUAUGUUGAAAUUCUAACUAAAAGUUAUUGACGUGGAAUAACUAAUUGAUUAAUUAAUUUAAAUAACUAAAUAUUGACCAAGAUAAGGUAUGGUACAAAAGGCGGGCUUAAUGCUAGUAGCAUUCUCUACUAGUCAACCUUUGCGAUGAACAAUGAAUCACGAACGCGGUACUUCAUUAUAGGGAUAGGUAAAGAAAUAAUAAAAAUCGAGAAUUUGUUUUUGCAAAAUAAUAGCAAUCAAAUCACUGAUCUACCUAAAAAGUGGGGACCAUUGCAUACAGAAAUUAACGCUACCAUGAGAGAUGCUAAGAACGUUGCAGUGUAAAGGGUUAUCAUAAUGGCUAUACUAUGCAGUAACUCAGUGAUGAGAUGGAACAAUCUUGCCCCAAGACCAUAGAUAGUCUAAAUCUUAAAUUCUUUAUCGUACAUUACGGGAAUAAAUUAGAUAUAUCCAUGAAAGUACCAAGAAAGUGGAUUUAUGGUUAGCAGAUAUUUUCCAGUCGCGUUUGAUCUUGACAGUAUGUUUUAUACGUGCAUUCAAUAGUAAAAACUAUUCUUUUAUGUACAGUAAGCAUAGCAAGCAGUAUCUCGAUAUGUUAACUGAAUUUAAAAAGAAGAAGUUCCCAAUUCGGCUUUAUUAUGUUCAUUAUCUCAUAAUUCCAUAUGCAAGGAUCUUUUCUAUUUUAUAUUCUAUGUAGUUUAUAU